AUGGCGGCGGCUGGGAAGGUGUCGAAUGGCCCCCACGAAGAAGAGGAGCUGGCCGGAGGUAUCGACGGGCCGACCAAUCCAAUGGUAACUCCUCUGUUAACUGAUCUUUACCAGUUCACCAUGGCGUAUGCUUACUGGAAAGCCGGCAAGCACGAAGAACGCGCAGUGUUUGAUCUGUAUUUCCGGAGGAACCCGUUUGGCGGGGAGUUUACAGUUUUUGCUGGUCUAGAAGAGUGUAUCAGGUUAAUUGCUAAUUUUAGAUUUACAGAGGAUGAGAUUGAGUUUAUCCAAGCCUCCUUGCCUCCUUCAUGCGAGAUUGGUUUCUUUGACUACCUUCGUGGAAUUGAUUGCUCUGAUGUGGAGAUACAUGCCAUUUCUGAAGGAUAUGUUGUAUUUCCAAAAAUACCAUUGAUGAGGAUUGAAGGACCAGUAGCUGUGGUUCAAUUGCUUGAAACACCACUCGUCAACCUUAUAAAUUAUGCAUCCCUAGUUGCUACAAAUGCUGCAAGGCAUCGUUUUGUUGCUGGAAAGUCCAAAUUACUUCUUGAAUUUGGGUUGCGGCGGGCACAGGGACCUGAUGGGGGUAUUGGAGCAUCAAAGUAUUGCUAUAUGGGUGGAUUUGAUGCUACAAGCAACGUUGCCGCUGGAAAAAUAUUUGGAAUACCACUUCGUGGGACACAUUCACAUGCCUUUGUCAGCUCAUUUAUGAGCCCUGAUGAGAUCACUGAAAAGUCACUCAAAAGUUCUGAUAGCACAAAAGUAUGUGCGGACUUUGUCAAUCUAGUGCAGGCAUGGUUAAGCAAAUUAAAGAGAUCACAGUUGGGGGGAAUUUUCGGUGAAACAAACCAAAGUGAAUUAGCUGCUUUCAUGUCAUAUGCCCUUGCCUUUCCAAAGGACUUUUUGGCUCUCGUCGACACAUAUGAUGUUAUGAGAAGCGGUGUUCCUAAUUUUUGUGCAGUUGCCUUAGCUCUAAAUGAUUUAGGGUAUAAGGCAAUAGGUAUCAGGUUGGACUCUGGUGAUCUUGCCUACUUGUCAUGUGAGAGUCGAAAGUUCUUUCAGACAAUUGAGAAGGAAUUUGGAGUUCCUGAUUUUGGGAAGACAUGUAUUACAGCAAGCAAUGAUCUCAAUGAAGAAACUUUGGAUGCUUUAAACAAACAGGGCCAUGAAGUCGAUGCAUUUGGAAUUGGAACACAUUUGGUUACAUGCUAUGCUCAACCUGCACUAGGUGUAGUCUUCAAAUUGGUUGAAAUAAACAGUCAACCUCGCAUCAAGCUUUCUGAAGAUGUUUCAAAGGUCUCCAUUCCAUGCAAAAAAAGAUGCUACAGAUUAUAUGGGAAAGAAGGUUACCCUCUUGUUGAUAUUAUGACAGGGGAAAACGAACCGUCACCAAAGGUAGGUGAGAGAAUAUUAUGUCGCCAUCCUUUUAAUGAAUCCAAGAGAGCAUAUGUUGUCCCACAGCAUGUAGAGGAGCUUCUGAAGUGUUUUUGGCCUGGUAGAUCAGGUAAAAGAAGAGAAGAACUGCCACCAAUUAAGCUGAUCAGAGAACGGUGCAUUAACCAACUGGGUCAGAUGAGACCUGAUCACAUGAGGAGGUUGAAUCCAACACCGUACAAGGUUAGCGUAAGUGCCAAACUAUACGAUUUUAUACAUUUUCUGUGGCUUAACGAAGCACCUGUAGGGGAAUUGCAGUGA